UUGCGCCUGACUGUGAAGGCACCGGGACUCAAACCAGCAUCCCCCCGGAGCCCCACAGAGCCCCACGGAGCCCCACGGAGCCCCACGGAGCCCCACGGAGCCCCACGGCCCCCCACAGCUGCCUCCAGGAUGUUUUCCCUCGGGGAGAAGAUGGAGUUUCUCAUCGGAAACCCGUUUUCGACGCCAGUCGGCCAGAGGAUCGAGCGAGCGACCAGCGGCUGUCUGCUGUCGGAGGACUGGGGUCUCAACAUGGAGAUCUGUGACAUCAUCAAUGAGACCGACGAAGGGCCAAAAGAUGCAGUCAAAGCUAUUAAGAAGAGGAUAGUAGGAAACAAGAACUUCAGAGAGAUAAUGUUGGCUCUCACGGUUCUGGAGGCCUGUGUGAAGAACUGUGGCCACCGCUUCCAGGUUUUGGUGGCCACACAGGAGUUUGUGGAGGGAGUUCUGGUCCGCUCUAUUCUGCCCAAAUACAACCCACCGACGGCCCUCCACGACCGCAUCCUCAGCCUCAUUCAGUCGUGGGCCGAUGCGUUUCGCAGCGCCCCCUCCUUGGGGGGGGUCGUCUACGUGUAUGAUGACCUGAGGAGGCGAGGCCUGGAGUUCCCCAUGACAGACCUGGAUGCCCUGUCCCCGAUCCACACCCCAAACCGGACUAUCCCAGAAAACGAGAGUCCCGAGGCGACCCCUGUUGCUGCAUCCCCACAUCAGUCCCAACCACAGCCUCCUCCCAGUGUUCCCAGUCCGGGCUCCUCGCCUCCAGUCCAGCCCAGUGACGGACCGGCCUCCCUCUCUCCAGAACAGGACCAGAAGCUGCGAACUGAGCUGGGGCUGGUGAAGGGAAAUCUCACGGUGAUGUCUGAGAUGCUAAACGAGCUGAAACCUGGACAGAGCCAGAGGGACGAUAUAGAGCUGCUACAGCAGCUCUUUGCGGUGUGUAAGAGCAUGCAGACCCGUGUGGUGGAGCUCAUCCCGCAGCUGCAGGACGAGGGAUUCAUCGAGGAGCUGCUCAUCGUAAACGACGACCUCAACAACACCUUCAUCCGCUACGAGAGGUUUGACAGGCUGAACAAAGCUCAAACUGCAAACGUCCCACAGAGCUCUAACACGAACCCCAGCCUGAUCGAGCUGAGCCCAGAGCCCUCCACCAACAAACAGCCAGCCAUUAUUACCGCCUCCAGCCAACCAGCAGCCAGUACCUGGACCAACCACCAGCAGCCGACCAAUCACAAAGAGGAGGAGGAGUUUGACAUGUUUGCCCAAACCAGAGGCAGCUCCUUGGCUGAGCAGAGGAAAAAUGUCCGGUACGAGGACCCUGGAGCUGUGGAGGGUCUGGCAGAAGCCCUGGACUCCAGGCUGCAGGUCACCGGAGGGAUGCCUCCAGAGAAAAACCCUGUCCAGAAUGAUAUUGAUAGAUGGUUAUCCUGUGACUUGCAGGAGGAGCAGCCGUCGGUUUGUGAGGGGGUGUCCAGCGAAGAGUUUGAGAAGUUCCUGGAGGAUCGGGCGAAGGCUUCAGACAGCAGCAGCCAAUCCGGUGGCACCGCCAGGCCCCCCCCCACAGCCCGCCCGGCAACAGGAGUCCUCACACGACAACCUCUUCUCUCUCUGAGUUCAGAGCCGGGCAGAGGAAUGUGUGCAGGUCAACACAGCCCCCUGUGA